UAGCGCCCUCUUGUGUGUAAACGCGAAACUAUUUCCCGGAAGAGGUUUGGUCAUCGUAGCAGAUUUGACACGGUUGUCAACUGAAAUAUGGAUAUUUAUCACGUUUUAUAUUUGAAAUCUACAUACCGAAUAUACUCGAUGGUAGACUGAAGUUUGAUAAACCAUUAUGAGUCAAGCUAAGGUUUAAUGAGGGUCCCGCUAUCUAACUGUGCUUGUGAAAAGUUUACAAAUAACCAUGUCGGGGGAACCAGGAAGGGGUUUGGUUCCAACAAGAGCCUCUCGAGAAAACAUGGAUAAUAUAAAGAAAGUGGCUAUUACCAGGGAAGGACAACAAACACAGUUCAAGGAACUAGAUCAGAAUCGACCCUUGGCUGCUAUUAUUCAAGAUAUAUGUGCAGAAUGGAAGCUUGCGGUUCCAGAUAAUUACAGUCUGCAGUUUUCGGAACCCAACCGACAGAUGUACAUUACAGAUGCUAAUCGGCAUGAGAUUCAAAAUGGCAAUGUACUUCAGCUCACUGAAUCUCCAAUGCAAAAGGCUCAAACGAUUCAUGAACAGUUAAAGUCCGGGCAGAAGAAACUUGAAUAUGAAGCUCUCCAACAGCUGGCCACGUUGGCCUUGGACCACUCCUUUGCGGUGGAGUUCAUUAGCAAGGGAGGCCACAACCUCAUCAUUAAACUGCUGACCGAUGGAAAGUACCAAGGUGACCCGCUUGCCAAGACGCUUAUAUCUUUCAUGGCACUCAUGGAUCAUGGCAUUGUGUCAUGGGACGUGCUUGAACCAGACUUCAUCAAAAGGGUUGCUGACUGUGUUAAUUGUGUAAACCCAAAUCUGGAUAGUCAGUGCUUACAGUCUGCUCUAGAAAUAAUGGAAUCCAUUGUUCUUCAUAGCUCUGGAAAGCAGUACCUGGUCGACCAGAUGAUAACUCCGGUGAACAUUAUUCCACAUCUACAGAGCCAAAAGUCGGGAAUCCAGAAAAACGCUAUAGCGCUCAUCAAUGCCUUGUUCAUAAGGGCAGAGAAUGAAAAGAAAAAGAAAAUUGCUGAAAGUUUACAUUCCAAAAGCAUGAGAACUGUGAUACUCAGUCAUGUGAUCCGCGGGGUUCAUAAUGUGGGCAAUGAGAUGGCUCACCAGCUGUACGUGCUGCAGGUUCUCAUGAUGAACCUGCACGAAGAGAGGAUGAAGUUGCCCGUCGACCCACACGACCAGCAUGUGUUGAAGGACAUCGAAGAACUGCGGAGAAUAGCGUUCGACGUGGAUGGAGAUCCCAACAUAAACACAGUGAGAAAGUCACAGAACUCUGCCAAAGACCACAGGAAAUUGGGCUUCCAGAAUCAAAGCCAUCCUGCAGCUGACUUCACGAAGACCCCACCAGGGUUACUUGCCCUUGACGUGAUGCUCUAUUUUGCGAGAAAUCAUGGAGAGAAUUAUGUUAAGGUUGUUUUGGAAAAUUCUAGUCGGGCCGAUGAACAUGAUUGCCCAUUUGUGCAGGCGAGCAUAUUCCUCACCAAGAUCCUGUGUGACACGCUGAAAAUAGGAGAACCACCAACGGAAGAGGGCCAGACAUUCUACCCGAUGUUCUUCUGCCACGACAAGCCGUUUGAGGAGUUCUUCUGUACGAGUAUCCAACUGCUGAACAAGACGUGGCGAGAGAUGAGAGCCACAUCAGAGGACUUUCAGAAGGUGCUAGGUGUUGUCAAAGAACAAAUUACAAGGGCAUUAGAAAUUCAUCCUUCAACGUUUGAUGCAUUGAGAAAUCGGCUAUACCAACUGACGUACUCGGAAAUCAUCAAGAUCUGGGAAAUGGAGCGACAGAGCAAAGAAGAGUGGGAGUCCCAGGCCAAGCCGAUCAUUGAAUUGAGAGAACAGAUAACACCUGAAAUUGUGGACCUCAUCAAACAACAGAGAUUUAACCAGAUGAUCGAGGGAACCCGCUUUCAGCAGUAUAACAACAGAGGAAAAAUGAAAGGCAAAUAUUGGUACUGGAGACUGUCUCCCAACUACAAGUCAUUUUACUAUGGUGAAUGUAGUGACAGCUCCUCACCACUUAUGGAACAGUUACCAAACAAAUUGUCAGUUGUGGAUAUUAAGAUGCUGCAGGUCGGGAAGGACUGUCCACAUAUCAAGGAGAACAAGGGAAGGAAAUCGAAUAUCACAUCAAACCUUGCCUUUUCUAUAGUUCCUGACACUUCAGAUGCCAUGUGUUUUGUCGCCUCCAACGAACAGGAAUUCAGUGUCUGGACAGAUGGAAUAAAUGCACUUUUAGAAAAACCGAUGACAAGCGAACAGAAGACGCAGGAUCUGGAGAUGCUCCUGUGUAUGGAGAUCAAAAUUCGACUGCUGGAGACAGAGGGAAUCACCAUACCAACGGAGGCGCCACCUAUACCCCAACCACCCAGCAACUUUAACUUCGCUUACAAUGUGUGACAUAUCUUCAUGCUAGGACGUCUUCUUCUUAAAGCCACAGACCCUAGUUUUAACCAGUGACAAAAUGGACAAAACGUUUGGUUAAUUAAUCUACACACCUGUAAGUCAUCUGAAUAAAGUUACAACAGAG